AUGGUUGGCAUGCGCUAUGCCCCGACGUCAUUCAAGCAUAAUGCCAGGAUCGGGGCAAUAUUACUGCCAACCCUCGUCGUCCUGGUCGGUUUCGGGGGCAAGCUGCCAGUCGGAGUUUUCUUAGCGGGCGCGAUGGUGGCGUAUAUCAUGGACGCGCUUCGCUACAGAGAGGGGGCGCUGGGCGCGAUUUGGAUAACUCUGGGGUUAGUCAACCUCAGCAUGCUGGUCUCGGAGGCCUCUUUUGGCGGCCCCAGCCCGCUCAUCCUGUCAGCAGCUGUCAGCCUGUGCAGCGGAUCCACCCUCUUCCUAGUGGGCGUGUGGGCGACCAUCCAGUUCAAGUGGGUGCAGCUGCAAUACCCAGUGGUCUGCUUGGCACUUGAGAAGCUGCUGGUCUCUGCAUCGUUCCCUUCUGCCGCCAUGAUCCUCUCCUGGGGAGCCUUUGCUGCUGUCGGCGCCUCCGCUGCUCCCUACUACCAGGCCGUCAUCCUCGCAGGCACGCUUCAGCUUUUUGCAUGGCUGUACUGCCUGCUGGCGCUGCCGUUGGAGCCGUCAUUCGGGCCGCGGGCAAACGGCGCGCGGCGGCGGCCGGGGGACCGUAAGGGGUCCGUAACGGGCGACGACGCGCGUAUCCAGUCAGCGGUGGAGGGAUUUGCGGCGGCUGCUCUCUGCAUAGCGCUGCCGCCAAUAGUGUAUGCUGUGGCGCACCGGCAUGUGCUGCUGGCAAGUGCGCAGCAUGCCUGGAGCCUGCUUCUGCUGGCUUCCGCUCCGCUGCUGUUCCUCACCUGCCUGCAGGAGGGGCUGUGGUGGCUGCCGCUGGACGUGCCUCACAGGAAUGCAGUGAGGAAGCUGCUUCUAUUAGUCGCGCUGGCGGCGGCACUGGGGGGAUUGGAGGGGCGCGUGAUAUUCAGAGCAUUUGGGCAGUACAUCUGGCUUCAGCCCCCCUGGAGCUACGUAUUAGUCACCCUCGCUCUGUACGGCUCGGCGGCCCUUGGAAUCCUGCACUUUGCCGGCCUGCUGGGCACUCACGCGCAAAACUCCUUCAUGAGCACGGUCGGCGCGUCCUUAGUCAUAAUAUCGGCAUGCGCGGGCGCCUUCGCGGCCGGUGUUCCUGUUGCAAUGAUGCCGGCGCCUCUUGUGGCCGCGUCGGGAUUAGUGCUGUGGUACGAGAGCGGGCAGCUGCGAGACUAUGUGAUUUUCGUCGGCGGCGCGCUCGUGACGGCUGCGUGGUUUGUGGGGCACCAUUUCUGGUUCCUGGAGGUGAAUCUGGCGCAUCACAGCCUGCAGUUUGUGUGCAAGCUGCUGAUGGCGGCCAUAGCGGCGGCUGCGCUGCUGCCGGGCAUGGUGCACAGCAAAGCGCCACCUGGCGCUACCUCCACGCUGCUCCUUAUACAGGCGGUGGUGGUGGCGGCGAUGGAGGAGAACCUGUUUGCCGGGGUGCAUGAGGACGGCGGCGAUGACAUGUACCCGGCGGUGUUUGUCGUGCUGACAUCAGCGCUGGGUCUGGCGCUCACGCGGAAGCUGCAGGCCGGCUUCCGCGUCGGCGUGGCCGCCUCGUGGCUCGUCCAGUGCAUCUACGUUGCCAAACUCUCCAUGCUUGCCAUCCCCGAGGCGCGGCUGACGCUGCCGGUGCUGCUGGUGACGCUGGCGGUGACGCCGCCCUUCCUGCUGCGUUCCCUCCCGCCUGAUGACUCAUCCCUCACCCCGCAGCAGGCACGCCGCGGCUACAGCACACCCGUCUGGCAGGCGCGUUCCCUCCGUGCAUACCAUGGGCUGGUUCAGGCGGCUGGAGUGGCGGUGUCGGUGCUGCAUGCGCGCUAUGCGCUGUUCGAGGUCCUCCAGAGAGUGAUGGGUGGUCGCCCCACAGAGGCGGUGCUGCUCGGCUGCCUCCUGCUAGGGGUGGCGGCCGGCUGCGCACCGAUUGUGGCCUGCCAGUACGGGGCGAGUCAGCGCGCGCGCCGUUCGCUGGCGUUCCUGGCCGCGGCCGGCGCGCUGUUAGUCAUGCUACGGCCGCCGCUGCCGACCAAGGGCGGAGUGGGCUGCCCGGCGCUGCCGUUCGGGUUCUGCCCUCGGCUGUGGGACGAGCGCCAUGUACCGGGGGCCGAAGAGGACGACGCUGCCAUCUACAGCGAAGCACUCGCGCGCCGCCGUCACUGGCCUCUCUGGCUCAUCAUCGGUGCGGUGCUGGCGGGCCUGUCGGCGGCGGGCAGCGGGCAGCAGAGCGUGCGCAGCGUGCGCAGCGUGGCCGGCCAGGCCGCGUUUGCCGGCGUCAGCGGAGCCUGCGUCGGCGCGUACCUCAUGUGGGAGUUCUUCCCGGGGGAGCCCCCGCUGCAGGUGCUGGUAUUUGCGGCCACGAUGCUAGCGGCGGCAUUUCUGGCGCUUCUGCAGCGGCCGGUGGCGGCACCGCCGGCGCUGCUGCCAUGGAUCGCCUCAGCAUGGGCGCUCCUGCUGCCCCUCGCCAGCUUCCUGCAGGGUUCGCUGCCGCUGCCGCCGCUGCCGAGCGAUGCGCUGCGUCUGCACAGCGAUCCCUCCGCGCAGCUCGACCUCGAACGCUCCGCCAACCAGCGAGCGGCUCUGCUGGCAGUGUGGGCGGCGCAAGCUCUGCUGCUGGCGUUUGCACUGAAACUGAAAGUGUCGGCGGCGGCCGCUGACGUGGCGGCUGACGGGCCGGGAGCAACAAGGCUGGGAUCCUUCCAGGUGCAGCCACCUCUGCUUAUUAUUAUUAUUAUUAUUAUUAUUAUUAUUAUUAUUAUUAUUAUUAUUAUUAUUAUUAUUAUUAUUAUUAUUAUUAUUAUUAUUAUUAUUAUUAUUAUUAUUAUUAUUAUUAUUAUUAUUAUUAUUAUUAUUAUUAUUAUUAUUAUUACAGGGCUGGCCACAGAGGGAUUGGCAUGGGCACCAACCGCAGGCAAUCUGGCGACCCUGCUCUGCCUCGCGCUCUGCUUGGCGCUCAACGCAGCCCUGACACAGGGAGCGGACGAGGCAAUCUUUGUGCUGGCGCCGAUUCUCCUGCCGCUGAACCAGGACCCUCUGCUUUUCCGGGGGCUGACAAACCGGCGGCGGUACUUUCCCCCGGUCCUCUGCGCGAGCGCGUACCUGUCGAUAGGAGCCGUCACAACAGCGCUAGCAAAGCACAGCGCGUUUACAGAGCGGUCGCCGUUUGUGGUGGACGACGCGCAGUUUGGGACUUGGUUCCUGGUCAAGAACCUCGGGCUGCUGGCUGCGACGCUGCCAAAUCAUGUGUUCUUCCUGCAGUACAUGUGGAGCCGCACAGGGGCGUCCCCUUUUGCACUGGUGGCGCUCUCCCCUCUUGCGGCGCUGGCGGCUCUCGCUACCGACAUCGGCGCGGUGCGGCUGCUUGCCGGUGGCGCCAUUGCGGCUGCGGCCGUCCAGUUCGGCCUCAUGCGCACCGUGCGGAGGCAGGGCAUGAAGCUAAUCUGA